CGCGAUAUGUGCCAGCCGCUACCGUAAGAUCGCCAGGCCACGGUUAUAUCGAUCGGGUUAGCAGGUCCUUCGUCCGUGAUCUCGCCUACUACAUAGCGUAGGGUACUGUUCAUCAGCUAGAAACGAGACAAACAGCUAUGGGACACGGCCCGUGACUCUGGUCUAUAUGCGCCCCCCCUUGUAUCUCUAGGAGCAGGCUAGCCGGCGGGGGAGGGGGAUUCAGCAGGGGCAGAGCGGCCGAGGGAACCCGAUCCUGAGCGAGACGCAGGAGGUUCUGGUGCGGCGAGGAGGCACCGGGACGGGCGGGCCGCCGGGGAAAUCCAGCGCCAGGCGGCAGCGGGCACCGCCGCCCUUGACAUCUCGCCCAGCCGGCCAUUGCACGGAUCUAUCGAAGGCCAGAUUGGAAACAGGGUUGGGGCAGCAAUAGAUCUCAGGUGUUCAUCUGUAAUCCGUCAUCAUGCAGUUAGGCUUUUGGGGUGUAUGGGACGGGCCAAGGUGCAAGUGGGCACCGGCACAAGUUUCGUCACCGGGGAAAUCCAGCGUCGGGGCACAGCGCGCACCGCCUGGCAAGACACACCGCGCCGUCGGCCAUUGGACGGAUUCAACACAGAAUUACAGCAAGCUUAACAAGCUGGCCACGAUCCUGGAAGAAGAUGAGUCAGACAGGGGCGACGGGCAUAACGGUCCUACUUUCAGAUGUUCAGUGCAGAAGGUUUACUCCGUUAUCUCACAGUUUGACCAGCAGAAACGAGACAUCAUUACAUCUAAGGGUUGGGGUGGCACUUUAUCCAUGCCACUAAUCGGCAAGCUAAGCAUCAGACAUAUGGUAUGGCUUUUAGGGAUGGUGGAUGAGGUCAGACACUGGAUAGGAGCGAGACUGUAUUUUCGUACUUGCGAGCUUGUUUGGGGAUAGAGAAUAAGGAGAUAAGAAGUUUGAAGAGUAUACAGUCCAUACUUGUGUGCUGUCGCUGUGAAGAUGAAGCAAGACAUUCGCAAGAAAACCACCGUGUCAAACAUAACAGGAUGUUUGCUUUUCUUACAGGUGUUCUAUCUACACAGCAUCGAUCUGGGGGAGAUAAGCAUGGCACAUGAUGUGUUCCCCAGAAUAAAAGUUUUCACAGCAGAUAAAAUUAGAGCCAUGAUUAAUGCCGACAAACCGAUGGAUUCAAUGAGGAACAGAGAUUUCAUUUUUGGCAUUUCAACGCCAACAGAUGCAGCUGGUUCAGCAUAUUCCGGGGCAGAUGACGGCUUUAUCGCACAGCAACAUGGGGAUGCUUGGGCAUGUGCAUCAAAGAUAUGUGAUUCUUUGAGCUUGUCACAUCAGGUUGAUGACAGAUGUUUGGCGCCAUAUAUGACAUUUUGCAUCUCAAGGGGAACAAUGCAAGGAGGCCGCAUCAAUUUUUUGAGUCUGUCGAUGAAUGAAUAAGAGUGCAAAGCCGAGUAACGACAGGAUGCUUGUUUUGGGCGCAAGCGUUGUAUGAUAAUGAUUUGGGUUGGCUAUGAAGACUGAUUUCUUCUGUCGUCAACCCAUGUAACGAACUUAAUGUCAGGUACAACUGCGGUUCUCGGACAUAACCAAUAUCGUAUUUGUUGGUAGGGAUAUCAAGUUAUGAAUGAACGGUUGUAGAUUUACAAGUUGAAAGUACUUUU